AUGCCGUGGUUCGGCCACAUCGAGGGUGUCAAUCCCGGCCAAACAUGGCGAAAGAGAGCGCAUGUGACCCGGGCCGGUGUUCACACCCCGCUCCAGAGUGGCAUCUCGGGCUCACACAACGCAGGCGGAGCCUACAGCAUGAUUUUAAACAAUGCUGACCACGAUAUCGACUGCGGUGAUAUCAUUUGGUACAUGGGGAAUGGUGGAUAUACACGUCCCGGAACAAAGCGUAUGAUCAAGCGCAUCAUGCAGCACAACCAAGACCCGAAUGAGACCCAAAACAGAGCGCUAUACAAGUCACUUCGAAGCUGCCUUCCAGUCCGAGUCGUCCGAGGAGGUUCCGGCUCACGUCGUUCUCCAUGGGCACCGCAGUAUGGUUAUCGUUAUGACGGCUUGUACGAGGUGACUCAUGCCGGCAAAGUCAAUGAUCCCUCAGGCGAGACAUCCUAUACAUGCGAAGUCUUUCGGAUGGAAAGACUUGUAAGAGGUGAAAAGCCUUUAUAUAGCGUUCCUAUCAGACCGGGUCAAGCCGCCCGAGCCCUUGAGGAACGCCAAAAAGGCUCGAGGCGCAAGUCCCUAGAAGAUGACGCUCAACGCAGCUUGCCUCGCGCCCAUCGGAGAAUUGCCGAUUUGCCAAACCGGCCUCCUCGAAUCGACCCUUCCCAUCAAUCAAAACCCUCCCAAGAACCAUCAGCCUUCUUGCAACCAGUUCAUGACACGGCCGUCGAGUCCCCACCACGGGUGACCUUGAGUUCAAUAAAGAUUAAGAGAUGCAAGCCGACACCGCAGCCUGUGGAUCCGCAUGAAGACUCUCGACAAUCUUCUGCUGUCCUUCACGCGUGCAAGGCUGAUACAGUGUUUGAACGUCAAGCCAAACAAGACUCGCAUUGCUCCGUGGAUUCUGCGGACGGCAAUUUGCCCGAUGCUUCUAGUGAUGACUUGCGACCGCACAGGCUCCUUUCUCCGCUCCCCCUUGAUGAUUUUACUUGGCCGCAAACUCGGCCCCAGAAACAGCCCAGUCGGCCGGCGUCGCCACUAGACACCCACUCCUUUCCCCCAAUGUUGUCUGUGAAACAAGAGCCCCCAGCUUCAACCCCAUACGCCCCGAGGCCCAAAGUCACACAUUCACCUGUUCAACCGCUUUCGAAGGCCGUCCCACAGCCAGCGUGGCAUGCAACCCCUACCACCCCGACCUUUUCUUCCGAGUCGGACAGUCGUCCGUUAGAACUUAAGGCCUUCAUCGGAAACAAGCCCUCCAGCAAGUCCGAUAGUAUCAAACUGGAGAUCGAUGAUUCGCAGCCUCCAUUCAAGUCCGAUGCUUCAGCUCCUUCCGGUCCUCUCGAAGCGGUCCCUGCUGGCAAGAAGGAAGAGGAGGAUCCGAAGAGUUUUGGGAUCGAGCCCGAAAACCUGCCGGACUGUCCUCAGAAUGACGACGAGAGGGAGGAGGCGAAGUGGAAGACGACUAGGAGCUGGGACUUUGAUGGCACAGAGACCAUUUCAGGCCAGCAAGUCGCUGUCGAAGACGAGCGAGGCGUUAUUGUAGACGGCUCGGUGCGAAUGCCAGUCCGCAGGGACAAGCACCAGACAGAGAGCACGGCCAGUAGCGCUGAGACGGCCGUUGGGGACUGCGAGCACCCCUGCUUCCACAAUCAGAACAUCAAUCUCGACGGCGACCCACUCCUCUCUUCCGGCUAUCUCAGCGACAUUCUCGAGCACGACCCGCUCGGCUCUGGCCGCUCCGUCGCUGACUCGUGAGCGUUGUAGCGGUCCCUUUCAACAUCAUCCUUCCAAACCAGAUCUGGCCCAUCUACGUAUUCAAAUUUGUUGGAGAAUUCCAACUCCCUCAAGCUAGCUCAAUAUCAACCCAGUGGACAUAUUAAUUUCUCCCAAAAACACUUAUCAAUUUUCC